AUGAGUAACGCAGCUCGCAGUGUCGAAUCGCAUGGCAUCCCCAACGCAUCGGAUCUCAGCACGACUGUCUCCUCGAACGAGAGUCGCCCCAAUGAAGUGAAUGACCUUGGCAAUGUUCCUCAUUUCACAUCUCAAACGCUGCCACCUGCUCAAAGACACAGUCGACAAGACGAACAGGAAAACGACUAUUACACGAGCGACGAAGAGUUCCCUGAAAUUACAGAAGAGGAGGUGGAGAUCUGGUCGAGAGUCGAACGCAAACGAUUUCAUUAUCGCUCUUUCCCUCAACGCGACGAAUACCUGCUACAACAGACUCUGCUUCUACGACCUUUCGAAGCGCCUACUCCCAAAGAACGUGCAGAAAAAUGGCAACUCGUAGCGACCCGCUGUGAUGAGACUAUGAAAAAGCUACCCGAGAAUGCAACUGGUCUAUACAACUUUUAUUUUGGACAUCAUGCGAAGCAGCGGUUCAGGGUACUUAUGGAGGCGCAUUAUGGAUUAUUGAAUAGCAGCAGCAAUCCCAUGUUUAUCAGCAUUUAUGGCGAAUACAGCAAUAUCAAAUCACUCAUGGAGAAAGCUUACGAUGCGUACUUGCUGGCAGGAUGUCGACCAGGGAAAAACGCUUCAUUUGCUAGCAAAAGGACAACAUCAUCUGCCAAACGGCGCCGCGUGGAUCUUGGACAGGGAAAAAUGGAGGAUGAUGACUCGUUAACGAAGCUUUGCAAGGAGUCUAGGGACAUUCUGAAUAGCAUCAAGUCAAUUCUUGUCACACAGAGAGAUGUUGCCAACGACAAUUGCGAACAACAACAGAAAUCGGUAGCGAAGAUGUUGGAAUCCAAUCAACGACGUAUUGAGGAUACGCUGGACGGCCAUGUACAUAUGGUAGAACGAAUCAAAGACGUGGUUGAACAAGAGCGACACCAUAUCUCUGAGAAUCUGUGUAAAUACGAGGAACAGCUGUCCAAUGAAUUUAAAAAGCAAGAAACGUGGAUGAAGGACUGGGUGGAAGCUCAACGAUCUCGACAACAGGAAUGGGCAGAAUUAUAUCAAAGUUGGAUGGAUAUGCAAAAGGAAAUGGCUGCUAUGCUACGACAUAUGGUGGAAAUGCAGGAUCAGGCGGAAACAAACCGAAUGUCCUUUUUACGUGAAAUGUUCGAUGCUAAAAAGUAG